GAACUGUAUAAAAGUGCUCUCGACUCUGCACUCUUCUAAACACUUCUGUGGACUUCAUCUCCUUAGUGAACUCGGUUUACCUCCAUCCCAGAAAGAUGACUUUCUCCAGCCUGUGGUAUCCAGAAUGCGGGGUGGCCCGACCCAGUCCAGUCACUGGCAGCUUCAACGAGCCAUGCGUUAGGCAGUGCCCUGACUCCGAAGUGGUGAUCAGACCCUCACCGGUUGUUGUGACCCUCCCUGGACCAAUUCUCAGCAAUUUCCCUCAACAGAGCGAAGUGGCAGCUGUAGGAGCACCUGUGGUCGGAGCCGGUUUCGGAGGCUCAUAUGGUUUGGGGGGAUUAUACGGCUAUGGAGGCCAUUACGGAGGAUUGUAUGGUUUAGGGAGAUUAGGUGGUUAUGGUGGCCGUUACGGUUAUGGGGGAUUCUUGGGCAAUGGGGGAUACUGUGGUUACCCAGGUCUUUAUGGUUAUGGGGGAUUAUGGGGAAAUGGGGGACACUGCGGUUACCCGGGCCUUUACGGUUAUGGGGGAUUAUGGGGAUAUAGGGGACACUGCGGCUACCCAGGCCUUUAUGGUUAUGGGGGAUUAAGUGGUUCCGGGGUAUCUUGCCAUAGGUACCUCAGUGGAAGCAGUGGGCCAUGUUAAACCCACUAGAAAUAUUCAUGGAAGAAGGAAGAACCAGGAAAUGAACAGCAAGAUACAGAUUCACCCCUGAUCUUUUGGACAUGGCUUUCAGAAGUGCUGUGCAAACAUGGCUCCAGUUGAACUCUGUGGGAGUUGUGUGUGCGCAGCACCUUGGUCUGAUAGCCAUGCUGCAUUUCGACUGUUACGCUUUAUGACUCUUUCUGCCAAGGCUUUCCCAACCAAGUGCUGAUUCUCUUUUUCUUUUGUGGACUCAUUCAGAACUACACACAGGCUGUUUACAUUGACCCUGCAGUGUGAAGGAAACAGAGGCCUUAAGAUAGGCAUCACUCUAAGUCCCUCUCAAGGAGAAUUAGGCCCUACAUGUUCUAUCCUUUCUAUCAAUACGUACCUUUAGCAUCUCACUUUAACCUUUGCUACUUCACAUGUCUAAUGGAGAAGUUGUGUAGUCUCUGCUUCUAUAUUCCUUUGUCUCAUUUCACACCUGACUGGGGUUAAAAAAAUAGAACUUAAAAUGGUUUCAAAAGGGGACUUGUUUGUCAACCUCUGGAGCUGCAACAAAGCACAAAGAACAUCUUGUGUGAAAUACAUCCCAUUGA